GGCAGCCUCAAGAUGGCGCUGGGAGCGCGGAGCCUGUUGGUGCUGGGCGCCCUGUGGGGCUCGGCGGUGGGGCAGGCGAGCCCGGGGGAGCCCGAGGUCCGCGGCGCCAGGCUGGAGAGCGGCGCGGGACACGUGUACAUGGAAGCUGGGGUGAUCAAAGCCAGUCCCGGGGCCCGCUUCCACCUGAGGGUCUUCGGCUCGGACCUGCGGCGGGCCGUGUGGCCUUGGCUGGGCUUCAGCCGCCGCCUGACCUGCGACAACGGCAGCCUGGAGAGCGGCUGGCUGCGGCUGGUGGUGGAGGAGAAGCCGGCCAACGGCUCGGCCCUGGUCAGUGUGCAGGCCGGCCAGGCCAGCGCCGCCGGUGUGUACUACCUGUGUGCCCAGGGCUCAGGAGGACUGUGGACGGCCCUCGGGGACUGGAAGACGCCGCUGGAGAUUCAGCCCCAGGCCGGCGCUGGCAUUCUGGCCGUGUGGGGCCAGAUCCUGCUGCUGGUCCUACUGCUGUUCUCCUCGGCCCUUUUUAACCUACUUCACCUCAGCGUCCUGUGGCUGGACCCUCUGGAGCUGCACAUCAUCCGCCACUGCGGCUCUGAGAGGGAGAAGAGAAGUGCGAAGUCCCUGGAGCCCAUCAGGAAAAGGGGCAAUUUGGUUCUCUCUUCUCUGGUCCUGGGCAGUGUCUUGGCCAACUCGGCCCUGGGUGUCUUAUUCUACCAGGCAUUUGAUGCCAUCCUGCCUGCUAUAUUUGUCUGUGCAGCUCUGAUGUUCCUGAUCUGUGAGAUCCUUCCCUAUACCAUUUGCUCGCGAUAUGGUUUUGCCAUUGCUUCCAGGACCACCUGGCUGACUUGCCUCUUCAUAAUCAUCACCUUCCCCAUUUCCUUGCCAGUGGCCCUGGUGCUUGACUUAGCUUUGCGCCAGGAUAUCAGCACCUGCUAUGUCCGAGAAAAGAUCCUGGAUAUGCUGAGAUCCAGUGACCCAUACAGGGAGUUUGUUAAGGAAGAGUUCAGUAGAGGAGCAUUAAGGACUAAAGUGGUGGAGGACAUCAUGACCAACCUGAAAGAUUGUUUCAUGCUCAGUGCUGGAGCUGUACUAGAUUUCAAUACCAUGUCUGAAAUCAUGCAGUGUGGUUAUACUCGAAUCCCAGUGUAUGAAGAGGAGAGAUCCAACAUUGUAGACAUUGUAUAUGUGAAGGAUCUGGCAAUGGUGGACCCUGAGGACUGCACACCUUUGAACACUAUCACCAAAUUCUACAACCACCCUUUGCAUUUUGUAUUUAAUGACACCAAGUUGGAUGCAGUCCUGGAAGAGUUUAAGAAAGGCAAAUCACACAUGGCUAUGGUCCAGAAAGUGAACAAUGAGGGGGACGGUGAUCCUUUCUACGAGGUGAUGGGUUUAGUGACGCUUGGAGAUGUUAUCGAAGAAAUCAUCAAAUCGGAAAUCCUUGACGAGUCAGAUGAUACAGAAAUCAAAGUGAAGAAAAAACCUGCUCCAGCCGGCUUUCCUAUUGAGCGCAAGAAAGAAGACUUUUCUUUUUUUAAGGUGCCUGAUAUCGACCUAAAGGUCAAGAUUUCACCUCAGCUUUUAUUAGCAACUCAACGCUUCUUAUCCAGAGAGGUGGAGCUGUUCAGCCCCUCGAGGGUCUCUGAGCGAGUUCUUCUUCAUCUACUCAAGCAUCCCAGUGUCAACCAGGAGGUGAAAUUUGAUGAAAAUGAUAAACUGGCUCCAGAACACUACCUGUACCAACGAAAUCAGCCAGUUGACUAUUUCAUUCUUGUGUUGCAGGGGCGAGUGGAGGUGGAAAUUGGCAAGGAGGGUCUGAAGUUUGAAAACGGAGCCUUCACUUAUUAUGGUGUCUCUGCACUAACUGUCCCUUCAUCUGUUCACCAAUCACCAGCCACUAACGUUAAGUGGAGUCAACGAGACCCAUUCUCCAGGGACCUUUUGGAAGCUGGGGAGAAUGCAAGCCUAUCCAUGUACUGCCCUGACUACACUGUAAGAGCACUUAAUGACCUACAGGUUCUAAAGGUUACCCGACUGCAGUAUUUAAAUGCACUUAUGGCCUCAAAAAUACAGAAUUCUUCGCCAUCACCGGAGACCUUUGAAUUGAAGGUGAUGCCCACCAGCCAGGCGAAGUUGCUCAAUAAGCAGAAUUCUUCCACAUGCACUAGCAGAAGUAAAUCGCAAACUAGCGAGGAAGACAGCCCAGAGAGGAAUGCUGGCGUCUAGUGAAGGAAAGCAACUGAGGGUGCUUGUGUUCUCUGUGCCCAAAGCCACACCACUUCAGUAAGCUGCGAACGUACUGUGUUAGCGCUGGCUGGAGCUAGUGCCAUCCAUUUUGUUGGAAAGACUGUGUGCAUUUGCUCUUGCAAUGCAGGGUUGGGGAGAAAGAAGAGGACUUAUUUUUGUAGAUAUUGUGCACAGUGAAAAGACAGUGGAGUGUGUUAUGCUUAAAAAAAAAAACUAACAGUGACUUAUUCCUCAAAUAGAACUGGUAUCUGUGAUUUUUAGACUUCAAGAUUAUAAUUGUUAUUAAUCUAUUGCAUAUAAUGGAUAAAAAGUUUCGUCUUGACUUUUGUACCCAUGGUCUACGGGUUCUUAUGCAGUUACUUGAAGACUACAGAAUGAAGAUCUGUUCCAGCAAUAACAAAAUUAAAUACAUCACUUUUUUUUUUAAUGUUACAAUGGUCAUAUCAUGGUAAAACCUAGAUUUGUAAAUGACUCGAGUUCCUUGUCAUUAGUUUGCAAGCCUUUCAACUCCCACAGUGGGUCUGCUUAAGAAGAGAGAAGCACCAUUAACAGCCUUGGUUCCAAAGUGCUUCAUAGUCAGUUAAGUACUUUUGAAGUGAAAUUACUGGUGUAGAGUGGGGAAAAUGCAGUAGCAUUGUGACUUUGCUUAGGAAGCUUGUAGAUUGAGGGGUAACUAAUGGUAUGGAUGCUAGGAAGAAGUACUGUGAUCUUAUUCUGGUCCCAUAGGAUCUUUUUAAAAAGAUAAAGCCUCGAGUUAACUCCUCAUCUGAAAGGGGAUCCGCUCAUUCUGCGACACUGUUCUGGGAGUGCUAGCGUAGAUUGUGUGCAAAAUGGGUGGUAGCUGAUGUAAUUUCAUUGGUGUGAAACCAAAUAAUACAAGAAGGAUCAGCUUCGGCAAUAAUGAUGUAUAAUUGAUUUAAGAAUACAUGAAUUAAAAGUGGGAGUAAGCUAUGUCGUCCUCUUCAGCUUUCCCCACCAUCCAAUAA